CCAAAGUGGCUCUUUCCCUCUCCAGGAAAGUGGCACAGGCCCCAUCCAGUGUGUGUCCUGGUGGUGUCUGUGCUGGUGGCUCUGGUCCUGGCUCUGGCCGUGGCUGUUGCUGGACAUGAAUGUGGAGAUGCCCCUGAGUCCACAGGAGGAAGGAGCCUCCCCCCAUCCAAAGGUGCCUGGGGCUACAGGCAGAAGGAAAUGGGUCCUGGUGGUGUCUGUGCUGGUGGCUCUGGUCCUGGCUCUGGCCGUGGCUGUUGCUGUGCUCUCAGCAAGAACACGUGGAGGGGAUCCAGCUGUGCCUGUGGCUCCGGUGCUGGCGUGUCCUGAUGGCUGGGUCGGGUACCACAAUGUCUGCUACUACCUCUCGAGGGACCAGGGGAGCUGGGAGUGGAGCCAGGAGCAGUGCUCCUCGCGUGGGGCCUCGCUGGCCGUGCUGAGGAGGGAGUGGGAAAUGGUGAGUGAGGGGCUGUUGUGGGUGCGUGGGGGUUUGGGGGUGUUCCUGGGUUGGAUGGAGAUCCCGGGGUCAGAGCAGAGCUGUGUCAGAGCAGGACCCAAGAGCACUGGGUGGGCUGGUGAGCUCCUGCAGCAGCUCUGGAGCUUGUUGGAGCAGGCGUGGGGUGGGAGCUGCUGCCAUCCCAGGGCUGGUGGUAGCCGUGUGGGGCCAGAUCAGAAAUCUAGUUCCUGUCCAUGGCUGACUCCAGACUGGGACUUCUCCAGUGCUGCUGGUGAUGUCAUCCUGGGAGUCUGUAUAGAGUGUAGCUGUUUCAUCAUUUUCAUUAUAGUUCCUUCUAAACUCCUACAUCUCUCCCCCUCCUCUCCUUGGAAGGAGAAGUGGGGGAGAGCAUCUCUUGUCUUGUCAUUGAGCAAUUCAGCCUAAAUGACAACACAGAAACCGUCUUUUAAACUGCGGCCUUGGAGCUGGAGCAGCUGCUCCCCCAUGAGCUGGGCACAGAAAGCUCAGUGCAGGUCCCUGGUCCUGUGCAGGGCUGAGGUGCCACAGAGCCAGGGGGUGAAGUGGCCCUUGUGGGGC